AUGCCUUGCGGCGCGGAGGGGGAGGCUGUCGGUGCUGCUCGUCCGACCGACCGACCGUCGCUCCAACAAUGCAGCUUUUAAUGGAGCAGUGAGCGGCUGCGGCGCUGGGGCUGAACACGCAGCAGCACCGCGGGGCUUCGUCCGGAGACACAAAUACAAAUUCAACCCGACGAGGUUUAUUAAUAUUCUGACAAAACCCCGCCGAGCGACCCAGACCCCCCCCCCCCAACCAACCAACCAACCAACCCCCGGACACCACGGACUCCCUCUGCCGCGGUUCCUCUAUCAAGACAAAGGAGGAAGAGAAAAAUGAGCACAUCCCAGACGGAAACGACCGGCCCACCCACCUCUCUCCCUCGCCCGUGAGCAGCCAUGCUCUCCCUGCGUCACCCUGCGAGGGGCAUCCCUCCCCAGUCGAGGGACUGUAUUCUGACAUAGAUUUGGAAGAAUGUCUGUACCUCAUGAUAGAAAUGGCAUUCGGUUGUGUGUGCUGUAACACAUCGGAGUACAUAUUAGAACACAGGUGAGGCUUCAUUCCUUGCCAAAACCCGCACAACCCUUAAGAGGACUCGGAUGACCUUUACAGAAGGCGGAGCUACGUCCCGGCUUUGAUCAUUUAGUAUCCAUCUCACUGGCUCGUUGACAGAGUUGACCAUGGCUGCUGCUGAUCCCCAUAGCAACGGUUCCUUGGUGGGACGAGGAGCAGACUGAGGGAGUCGAUAAUGCAGCGCAACGGUGGCGGGGUGGGCGCUGGAGGUCAGCCAUGGGUGUUGCGGCGUGUGCGCCUCACGUGGCUCAGUUUCAUGCUCUUCUUCAUCCUGGUCUUCUUCCCACUCAUUGCCCACUACUACCUCACUACCAUUGACGAGGCCGGAGGUCCCGAAAAGCGCAUCUUCGGGCCCCGGCCCGGCGGCGAACUGUGCGAAGCCAAACACGUGCAGGAUCUCUGCCGCAUUCGCGAGUCAGUCAGCGAGGAGCUGCUGCAGCUGGAGGCCAAGAGGCAGGAGCUCAACGGGGAGAUUGCGCGACUCAACUUGCGCAUCGAGGCCUGCAAACGCAGCAUCGACAGUGCCAAGCAGGAUCUGCUGCAGCUGAAGAAUGUCAUCAGCCAGACAGAGCAUUCUUAUAAAGAGCUAAUGGCGCAGAACCAGCCCAAGCUGUCGCUGCCUGUACGGUUGCUUCCAGACAAGGAAGACCCAGGACUGCCACCACCCAAGUCUACUCGCUCCUGCCGCCUGCGGUCCUGCUUCAACUAUGGCCGCUGCCCUCUAACGUCUGGGUUUCCUGUGUACGUUUACGACUCAGGCUCGUAUCCAUGGGGGGACUAUCUUGACCCACUGGUGAAGCAGGCUUUUGCUGCGUCAGUUAAGAGCAACAUUUAUGUAACUGAUAACCCCAGCAUUGCCUGUCUAUAUUUGGUACUGGUAGGGGAGCUACAGGAGUUGUCCUCACCACAACCAUCUCCCGCAGAGCUUGAAAAGCAACUUAAAGCUCUCCCUUACUGGAGAUCUGAUGGACACAACCACGUCCUUGUGCAUCUCUCCAGAAAGUCCAUGACGCAGAACUUCCUGUAUAAUGUGAGCGCAGGACGAGCAGCAGUUGCUCAGUCCACCUUCUUGGAGCAGCAGUACCGUGAGGGCUUUGACUUGGUCGUGUCCCCGCUGGUUCAUGCUCUCUCAGAACCAAACUUUUUGGAAGUGCCCCCUCAAGUUCCAGUCAAGAGGAAAUACCUCUUCACCUUCCAGGGGGAGAGGGUGGAGUCUCUGAGGAGCAGCCUACAGGAGGCGCCCCCUCAGUCUUUCGAAGAGGAGAUGGAAGGAGACCCACCAGCCGACUACGAUGAUCGCAUCAUUGGUACUUUAAAGGCAGUGCAGGACAGCCACUUGGAUCAGGUGCUGGUGGAGUUCACCUGCAAGGAUCCUCAGCCGAGUUUGCCGACUGAGUGGGCUCUUUGUGGACAGAGGGAGGACAGGCUGGAGGUGCUCAAGGCUUCUACUUUUGCCCUGGUGAUUGCCCCAGGGGAUGGGCAGCUGGUGGCCUCAGCAGGAUGUGGAAUGAGGCUGUUUGAGGCCCUCGAGGUAGGGGCCAUCCCAGUUGCUUUGGGGGAUCACUCCAGACUACCUUACCACCAGUUUAUCCGCUGGAGUGAAGCUGUCAUUAUAGUUCCCAAGCCUCGUGUGACAGAGCUACACUUCCUGUUGCGCAGCUUAUCAGACAAUGACAUGUUAGCUAUGAGGCGGCAUGGUCGCUUCCUCUGGGAGACCUACUUCUCCACCUCAGAGAAUGUUCUCAGCACCAUCCUGGCCAGCAUCAGAACCAGCAUCCAGGUGCCUGCUGCACCCAUCAAAGAGGAGCCCGCCCACGAGAUUCCUCACAAAGCCGGGAAACUGGCUGGAACUGACGCCAACCUGGCCGACAACGGCGAUCUGGAUUUGGGUCCCGUCGAGACGGAGCCCCCCUAUGCUUCUCCACGCUUUCUCCGCAACUUCACAUACACCGCUGCAGACACCUAUAGAGCGUGGAACCGGGCCCCGGGGCCCUUCCAUCUGUUUCCUCACACUCCCCUAGACCCCGUGUUGCCCUCUGAGGCCAAAUUCCUUGGCUCCGGUACUGGUUUCAGGCCUAUAGGUGGAGGUACGGGAGGCUCAGGAAAGGAGUUUCAGGCAGCUUUAGGAGGGAACGUGCCACGGGAACAGUUCACCGUGGUGAUGCUGACGUAUGAGAGAGAGGAGGUGCUGAUGAACUCUUUGGAGCGGUUGAACGGACUGCCGUACCUCAACAAGGUAGUGGUGGUGUGGAACUCACCCAAGCCUCCUUCUGAUGACCUCUUGUGGCCCGACAUCGGCCUGCCCAUUGUGGUUGUCCGCACGGAGAAAAACAGCCUCAACAACCGCUUCCUUCCCUGGGACGCCGUGGAAACCGAGGCCAUUCUGUCGAUCGACGACGACGCUCACCUCCGCCACGACGAGAUCAUGUUCGGGUUCAGGGUGUGGCGUGAGGCCAGGGACCGCAUUGUGGGUUUCCCUGGGAGGUAUCACGCGUGGGACGUCAACCAUCAGUCGUGGCUCUACAACUCCAACUACUCCUGUGAGCUCUCCAUGGUCCUGACAGGAGCCGCUUUCUUCCAUAAGUACUACGCCUAUCUGUACUCCUACGUGAUGCCCCAGGCCAUCAGGGACAUGGUGGACGAGUACAUCAACUGCGAGGACAUCGCCAUGAACUUCCUGGUGUCCCACAUCACCCGUAAACCACCCAUCAAGGUAACGUCGCGCUGGACCUUCCGCUGCCCCGGCUGCCCGCAGGCCCUCUCGCACGACGACUCUCAUUUCCACGAGCGCCACAAGUGCAUCAACUUCUUCGUCAAGGUGUACGGCUACAUGCCGCUGCUGUACACCCAGUUCCGCGUGGACUCGGUGCUGUUUAAGACUCGUCUGCCCCACGACAAGACCAAGUGCUUCAAGUUCAUCUAGCGCUGGGGCUGAGUGGCCCAGCAGAGAGCCAAACAAACAGAGUGGACUGAAGGAGUUGGAGGUAUUUAAAGAGAGCAGCGGCUCCCCACUGCGCGCAGUGACGAUGGAGGGAUGGAUGGAUGGAUGGAUGGAUGGAUGGAUGGACUGCCAGCUGCACAGAAGGAAAGUUUUGGGUUAGACGGGUUAACCCUUGUGGUUUAAUCCACAACUCUGCUGAAAAAAAAAUUGAAGAGCGGAAGCUGAAAGGGACCACUGCCAACAAAAACGAGCCUUUUCAGUGGACGCGACUCCUCCCGUAUCAUGUCCCUCAAUCAUGCUCAAUCAUUAACCACUACAGAUGCCAUCGGCACCUCCAGGACGGCCGGCUGAAGAGAGCGAGUGUACAGAAACUGUCUCCCGGGGACAAGCUCCUCACCUGACGAUGAUGAUGGAGUGAUCGACUCGUGCAUCACCGGCGGACUGACGCCGGACUGAUCUCCGCUCAGCAGCCUGUCGACGGUGUCCGGCACAGAGAGGAACGGGCGACGCCGCUGCCACUGAUAGUUUCCCCCCCGUUUGACAGUUACAGACUGUACUUGCUCGUACAUGCACGCGAGAGAGAAGCACUGAUGGUCGGAAGUAUUUUAUUGAACAGACUUUCUUUUCUUUCUUUUUUUUUAAAUAAUGCCGUUCAAAUGUGCAAAUCUCUACGUGGAGCGAACACAGACACAGAUUCAGUCCGAGAUCGGAAACAGGACGGCGACUUGAGGAGUAAAAAACCGUAGACCCGAUCAUGUUCAGUAGCGUUUCAGCUCUUGUCACCAUAAUGCCUCAAAAUUUAUCAUGAAAACCAGCCACCACUUGGUCAUUUUGUUAUGCUUACAGCCACUCGGCUCCUCUUUGACGAGUGUUACAAAAAAAAAGGACAGGUUUUUUUUUUAUGCUAUAGGGAGUCCUGCUAAUGUUUGUAAAAACUGGUCCGAGUCACAUUUCAAUGUAGUAAUAUCGACCAGUUGACAGUGAUAGUUUUUCCCUAGAAGAAUCCCAGCUGCCAAAAUGAAAAUAUGGUUAUCAAUUUCUGAUCAAGGUUUGAAUCAUGCAGACAGUCUUCAAUGCAGUAAGGUGUACUACUACUAUUAGGAUCAUGGUACAAAAUGUUAGAUUUAAAGGGGAGAAUAUGCUUAUUUGCAUUCUGGCAGAGAUUUGGACAAUGAGAUUGAAAGCCGCCCCGUCUUAAAUGGCCAUGCCGGGCUAAGUUAGCUUAGCACAAAGACUGGAAACAAAGGGAAUCGGUUAGCUUGGCUCUGUCAAAUGGCGACAAAACUCCAACGAGCAGCACAUCUGAAGCUCAGUUGUUUUUUUCAGACAUGAACUCGAGAAGAUUCCUGGAAAAUUGGGUCCAGACAUUUUUUCGAGCCAACAUUCGAGCCAACAGGAAGAAUAUCUGGAAAAUUCAGGGGGGAGCAAGCAGGAGGCAGGAGGCGACGAUAAUUCUGCAGAGUUUUUUUGUUUACAGUCAUCAACCUGACUUGCUGUGAGUCUCACAUGGGCUCACGUGGACAUUUGUCCUAGAAGUGACACCGGGGUUCUGGUGGGGAAAAAAUGUUCUAGGAAAAAUGUCCAAAGCGACAUUUGCAGAUAUUUACGUUCUCAGGAAAAUGUCUGGACUUUCAGUGCUUGUCUGAAAGCAGCUUCAUUAACCUGUUGUGUCUUAUUCGUUUAAUCUACACGGAAAAAGAACAAAUAAAAAUGAUUAAACAAAUGAGGUAUAAAACAGAUUAUCUGAGCUUCAAUGGUCACUGGUCAGAGUCGGGCUUUUUCCCUGAGUUUCCAGUCUUCAUGCUACACUCCACCAGAAAGCAAAUGAAAAUAUAAACCCAUAUUUUUUCUUGUACUACACUUUUUAACAACUAGCCAGUGCCGGCUUUGCAUCAGAAUCCUUAGACGUAGUCUCCAUUCUGUAUAGAAAUCUCCCAGCUCUAGACAGAAAUGUCACUUUACAGUGUCGCCAUAUUGGUUCCACUUUGUUGAUGUUUAUUUUUUUUGUUUUUUUUUGUUUUUAAACCAUCGCUUGAUGAAUGUUUCCUUUGCCAAAUAGGUACGAUAUCUGCUGCUCUCCAGCAUUCAUUUGCAGGGUGCACAAAGUCUGGUAAACCUACAUCCACUCACUGCACGGUACUUCAGCAGGAGUCGACCCAUCGGAGGCCCGGCCCGUUGAUGUGUCAUAAAUCCAAAGUCCUUUAUUUGACUGUGUCAGACUCCUGUAAUAAUCUGAACAAAACAUUGACCUAAAAAGAAAAAAAUAAUUUUUAGUUCAGUGUCUUCUUUCCCAAAUUGUGCUCCGUUCUACAAAAAGCAGCCACACAAGCCCAUGGUUCCUGUAUAUUUAUUGAAUAUAUUAUGAAAACAAAGAAGAUUUUUAAAAAACAACAACUGAUAAAUGACUCUGAUAAACUGAUAAUGACUCAUGCAAUAAAAAUGAUAAGACAU